AUGGAACAAAUUAAGUCAACACUUGGAAAUAACAGCGGUAAAAAUAGUAGCGUUAACAGUAAUAGUGACAAGAUGAUGAAUAAUAUAACAGUGAAUGAAAAUAACAAUAUUAUUAUGAGUUUCCAACAAGGUAUUGGUGAUGGUGGUAGCGGUGAUGGUAUUGAUGCUACAGCCUUUGAUUAUUGGGAACUUGCAAACUAUCUUGUUGUCGGAGAAGAGUUAUCAAAAACCACGAAUAUUAUUAACAACCAUAAUAACAAUUAUGAUAUUUCACCACUUAUGAAUUCUUCAAUAACAACCACUCCAUCAUUAAUCCCUUCACCUAUUAGCUACUUCGAUUCACCAUUGGUUGGAUCAAUCAAUUCUACUUCCUUUAACACAAGUCCUAAUCUUGAGCCUGCUUUAAGUUUUUUCCCUGACCUUAUUCGUCCUAUCAACAUGGCAGAUGAUCAACAACAACCAUUGUUACAAUUAACAACAACCACAGACAUUCCUUCAGUAACAAUUCCUGUAGAUGACGACGCUAUUACAUCCACAACUAUAAAUAAUUCCUCUAAUUCUACCACUAAUUCAAAAACAUCAUCUUUAUCAUCAUCACCGGCUCUUAAUAUUCCAUGGGCCGAUACAACAAAUAACACAGAAGAUUUUAUUUCUGACUUCUUUAUUAAUAAUAAUAAUGCCAAUAAUACUUCUACAAGUACUACAAACAAAGAAAUAGGCAAAGAUCCUGAAAUGAUUGCUGAAGAAUUAGCUGUUAAGAGAGCAAAAAAUACUGAUGCAGCUAGAAGAAGUCGACUCCGUAAAGUGAUGAAGAUGGAAUCACUAGAGAAUCAAGUGUCUGAUCUGAAAAAUGAAAACAGUGAACUAAAUACAAAAAUCGCUGUUAUGGAAAGCGAGAAGAAAGGUUUAGAACAUAAAAAUAUGGAAAAAGAUACAAGGAUAAGAAUGUUGGAACAACAAUUGGCUGAAGCUCAUGAACGUUUAAUCAGUAGAUCUUAA